AUGUCAAAACGACAGUCAAAAGCAGUGACUCCAUCUCAACCGUCAGCCAAGCGUGCCCGGCAUGUCCUGGGCGAGCAGAACACAAAUCAAUCGGUUCCACGACAGAAGAAAGCAAAGAGAGAUGAGGAACAUGAAGAAACCAUGUCGAAUGCUUCACAAUUUCAACAGCCUCUGUCUACCACAUUAUCUGAAGCAGAAAAGAAGAUAUAUUUGGGACCAAAAAUCAAGAAGGGAAAGAUUAGAGUGGGUGUUAAAUUUCAAGCCAAAAUCCCGACACUACUCUCAACUGUCCCCAAACAAAAAUAUCAGGAUGAAAAGGAUCGCGAAGAAAGGAUCUGGUCGCCUUAUGAGUCUGAUAACAAGAAUGUGGUGGAGAAGAAGAAAUUAGAAAAGAAGUUUCAUGACGAUGUCAGAGAUGUCUACUUUAUGCCAAUUUGGAGGCAAUUCAAUGGUCACAUACUGUUUGAGGAGGCUUUGCACCAUUUGAUGCAAAACAAGUACAAUAUGGCUGACAGUUUGGAUACCAUCGACGAAGUUUUGAAACGUCGUCCACUAGUAGUCAAGCAUGCCCGUAUGGCACAAACUGCCAACUUGGAGUUGUAUGGAGUGAAUGAGAUGGUGUCUAUGAAAGAUUUGCAGCAAAAAGCGCUCCCCAACUUUUCUCUCGAUGAAGUGCACCACUACAGCUUCCAAUACAUCAGAAACUUCAUGUUCCACAACUACUGGAAUUUCCUCUGUAUGUGCAAAGACAAAUUAUGCACAAUUGUGGAGUUUGAGCCAAGAAUCGGAUGUGUUAACUGCACGAAAAAUUCAAGAAAUCCAAGUGCUAAUGAGAAAUUGUGCUUGAUUUGUCAGACAUAUACAGCUUUGACUGGGAAAAGGCGUCCGGCGAGAGAUGUUUGUUUCACAGCCGAAGAGGAGAAAACAAUCGAACUGUGGAAUACGAAGGAGCGAGAUGUUGGAAAAAGUUUGAGAAGAGAUCAAUUCGAAAAGUUAAUCGAGGAUGAAGAUAUGCAACGACUCAGAAAUCUGGAGAUCACUGAAGAAGAGAAGAUUAUUCUCAACUUUUCAGACACUGAAACGGAGCAAGAAUAUUUACGAUUGAACAAGAAAGCAAAGGGAAAGUAUCUGAUCGAUCAACUGAAACCAUUCAAGUUGCCUCUUUUCGCUUCUUGCAACUGCAAAGGUGUAAAGAAAAGACAAGAUCUUAUUGUAAAACAGGAACUCGUACUCCCAGAUGAAUGUUUUGGCAAAGAUUACAUUAUGGAAUUCCUCGGGAACUUCAAUCCGUGGUUUGAUCUCAACGAACAAUUGGCAAAUCAGAAGGAUCAGGAGGCGGGAGGGACAACUCAGAAGAAGCUGAAAAAGUGA